AAAAUUGGAUCACCGUUAGCUAACAGUAUCGUGCGCCUUCCAUAAUGAAAAGGAUCAGGAUACUCUUCGUGAUCCUUCAUUUGACGUUCCUCCAUUUGGCGCACGGCAGAAACGAGUACACGAAGCUGUUCGACAAAUGCGCGGCCGAGAAGAACGCGUUCGAUUGCCUGAAGAAGAAGGCGUUGGACAUUUUGGACUCCGCCAUUAAGGACGAUUCGGUGUACGUGUUGAACGAUUAUGUGUCCAUCGAGAGGGAUCCUGAGGUACUCGCGAGAGGCACGGAUCGAUCAUUCAAGGACGAGAACGGAACGGAGCUUAGUCUGGAUCAGAGGCUUGACAACAAGUUUCACGAGUAUCUGGCUUCUAGGAGUGUCAAGCUGACUAUACCGGGCGAUGUCUUUGAAGGGAGGAGGAAGAAGGGGAAGGGAUACGGGGCAAUCAUGAUGGGAGCCAUGGCUGUUGCAGCGAUGAUGGCGCAGCUGGCGUACGGGAAAAUAGCGUUCAUCGCCGGAACAGCGCUCCUGACGGCAAAAAUAGCGCUAGUUUUGAGCGCGAUCAUAGGAUUAAAGAAGUUAGUGUCGCAUCAAGGCGGUAGCGGGCACGAAGUGAUCUACGCGACCGGAAGCGAUCAUCACGGAAGCUACAGCAGUGGCGGAGGUUAUGGUGGCUGGCAGAGAACCAUCGACGGUGUUCCUCCCACUUGAAUAAAUAAAUAAAUAAAUUUUAACUGAUCGAGUAAGAUGUAUAAAUUAUCCUUUUUUUAAGAGAGAGGAACUUUUUAAUAAAAUUGAUGGACUGGCUAAAACGCAUUGUAAAGAGUAAAAUAAGCUGUACCAAAAAUUUUUG